CUUUUGCGCUGCUGAUCCUGUCAUCCCGAACCAGCCCGCGCUAGCCUGCCUCGGGCUGGCGGCCACGCGUGAUUGGCGCACAUGGCCGCCUAACGGGCUAGCGCACGCGGGUGAGUGAAUGGAGCCCCUGGCCGGCCAAGGCCCCAGCCAGAAAAGUUGAGCGAGAAGUGUUCCUGGUUCCUGACCGACCCAGCGAGUGCGCAGCCCAGCCGCAGUCCUGUCCCUCUGCCGCCGCCAACGGCACGGAUUCGUGCCCUGCUGCUGGCUGGCUGGCUGGCCGCUUGCUUGCUUGCUUGCUGACCCACGCCGCCCCUAUAUCUACUCAGCCCUCCCCCAUUCCCCGCCUGCCUUCCACCUCUGCUCCCAAGUGCUACCUCCUUCCUGUCCGUCCGUCAGUCACCGUGUGCUUCGCGCUCCUUCACUUGGGCAUUCGCUCGUUCCAUUCAUUGUCUAUCCUUAGACCACACUCUCAUUCAUCUUACCCAGCGACAGCCCUGGUCGGCACAUUCUGCGACUCCACCAUCCAAUACCCAACCAAAUCACUGACAUGCCUUCCAACAUGAAGAUCAGCCUUCUCGCCUUGGCCGGUUCCGUGGCUGCCGUUCCCCAUGUUCACAACCACAUGCACCCUCGUCACGACAAGUACCAGUACAACUGGGCUCCCGGUGUCAAUGCCACUGCCCCAGCUCCCUCUGGAUCCGGCGUCGGCGGCGGCCAGACCACCACCAUUGAUGCCACCUCCACCUCCACCACCACCGUCGUGAGCACCGUCGUUAUCCCCAGGCCUAGCGAUGCCGCUGUCGCCGAUGCUUCUGGAGCUGGCGAUGUGUGCGGUCCCCCAACCGUCUAUGUCACUGCCACCGAGCAGGUCACAGUCACCGUUCCCGCCGGUGGCCUCCCCAGCAGCAGCAGCGCUGCCCCCUCCAGCGAUGAAGGUGUCAUGUCCAUCCUCCCCGUGACCUCUUCCUCCAGCGUCAUCAUCGUCUCCUCCACCAAGCCUGCUGAGGGCAUCCCCACCAAGGUCGUCGAGUCCUCCUCCUCCAAGCCUUCCUCCACCCAGGCCCCUGUUGUCGAGAAGCCUUCAUCCUCCAAGGUCGUAGAGAAGCCCACUUCCUCCAAGGUUCCCGAGGUUGCCCCUCCCGCUUCCUCCGCUGCUCCCAGCGCUAAGCCCAGCUCUUCUUCUGCUGUCCCCAGCGUCAAGCCCAGCUCUUCCGCGGCUCCCAGUGUUGUGAAGCCUAGCUCCUCCUCCUCUGCCCCCAGCUCUAAGCCCUCUUCUGGCGGCGGCGGCUACACUGGUUCCAAGCGUGGUAUCUGCUACAGGUGGGACGGUGCUGCUGAUGCCAAGUCGAUCGGUUCCCAAUUCAAGCCCGGUUUCGCAUGGAACUGGGAGUCCGACUCUCGUGGUGAUAUCGGAGCUACCCAGUUCAUCCCUACCCUCCGCACCAGCGCCGAAACCAACACCAAGGACUGGUUUGUCAACGCUCAAAAGGCCAUCGACGCCGGCUCCAAGGUCGUCUUCGGCUUCAACGAGCCUGACAAGGAGGACCAGUCUCACAUGGAACCCGGCGUGGCUUGCACGCAAUGGCAGAAGUGGUUGAACCCCAUCAAGGAGAAGAACCCCAACAUCGAACUCGUCGGUCCCUCCGUCAGCAGCCAAGCUCAGACGGGCUUCGGUCUUGAUUGGCUCAAGACUUUCAAGUCCACUUGCAGCCAAGCCCUCUUCGACUCGGUCAACAUCCACUGGUACGGUUACGGCACUGCCGGCUUCAAGGAGUUCAAGGACCACAUCGACGAGGCUGUCAAGACUUACGGCCGUGUUUGGGUCACCGAGUUCGGUCUCGCCGAACAGAGCAUGGCCGCAUCCACCGAGUUCCUCAACAAGGCUCUGCCUUACCUCGACAGCCUCAACGAGUGCGCCGGUUACUCGUACUUCGCUGUUGGCAACUUCGACCAGAAGUUCAACAUGCUUGGUUCCGGCAGCGCCCUCUCCGAGACUGGUAAGAUCUACGUUUCCAAAUAG